AUGGAAGAUUUCAUAUAUAUUGACAAAAAUGUUUAUCUAAAUAUCUUAAUAUUAUUUUUAAAAAAUUUAAAAGAUUAUUUAAUACGAAUUGGUGUUUUAAAAGUAAUUUUUUGUUUUUGUAUAAUAUUGUUUAGUAUUAUUUUUGCAAAAAGAAAAAAUAAAAAGAAGAAGAAAAUUAAUAUUUAUUUACGACUUAUUAAAAAAAAAAAUAAGAGCACAGGAUUUUUAAAUAGCUCAAAAUCCAAUUUGACUAAUAAAGGGAUUCCGAAUAAAUAUUUUUCAAAAUCAUGUGAAGAUAGAAAAAUAGAAGAAAUAAAAAACGGGUUUUAUUAUUUAACAUAUAGUUCACAUAUAUUUGAUUUAAAAACCAUAAAUAGAAUAGAGUUAUGCAAUGUAUGCGAAGAGAAUAUAUAUUCAUUUAUUUUUCAUAAAAAAAAUAUUUUUGAAUGUGUUUUGUGUAGAAACAAAUGUCAUAUAGAGUGUGCACCCAAUUCUAAUUUAAUGAGUUGUAAAACGAGUGUAUUUUUUAAGAAUAAGCACAAGUUUAUAAAAUUAAGAAAUUAUUCAUGGAAUAAUAAAUGUGAUAUUUGUAAAAAAAAAUUUUAUUUCUUUUCUUUUUAUGCAUUUGUGAAACAGUAUGUAUAUAAAUGCAUUUGGUGUAAUAAAUAUUUUCAUUUAAAGUGUUUAACUAGGAAUUCUACUAAAAAAAAGGCCAAAGAUGAAAAGCUAAACAAAAGCAUAUGCACGUACGGUAAUAAUAAAUAUAUAUUGUAUCCGUAUCAAUUGUCGGUUAAAGAAAAUAUUUUAAUAGAUUAUUUAGUACAUUUUUACAAUAAAAUAAAUGAAUUUGAAAUAAAAAAUGAUGAUUUGGUUUUGAAUUAUACUAUAAACGAUUUUAAUAGAUUUCAUAAAAAUGAAAAAAGUAUAUUUGAAAAUAUAGUGCAGUUUUCAAAUAAAAAAAAUAAUCCAAAUGAAUUGUUAUGCUUUGAUUAUAUAAAUAAUUUGAAAUUUUUUCUAAAUACUAAAAAUAAAAAAAAAUAUAUAGUUUCAGUUAAUCUUAACUUUUUAUUAAAUUUUUUUCCUGUUCAUAUACCAAUUUACGAAAUAAAAAGUAAUAAAAAGUUUCUUUUAAUAUUUGUAAACGUAAAAAGUGGAGGCCAAAUAGGAAAAAAUUUAUACCAAGAAUUGUUGAUGUAUUUUAAUCCUAUACAAAUAAUAAAUAUAAAAAGUGAAAAAAAUGUUUUAAGUGUUCUAAAUAUGUUUAAAGAAAUGUUAUAUUUAAAAAAAAUUAUUUUGCUUAUAUGUGGGGGUGACGGAACUAUAAGCAUUUUUAUUGAUACUCUAAUAAAAUUUUUUUUAAGAGAAAAAAUAUUUUUUGUCAAAGAAAAAAAUAAAUAUAUUACAAAUAAAAAUAAAGAUUCUAUGAGCAUAACAGAAAAAAUGAAAUUAAAUAAAGAUGUGUUAAGAAAAAAAUGGAACAGUAAUAAUGAUAUACAGUUAAGUAAAUCAUUCAAUAAUAUUAUAAAAGAAAAUAAUGAAAUUAAUGCCAUUGACAAUUCAUAUAAAGAAAAUAUAAAUACCUAUGUAGAUACUGAUCUUAAUAGAAAGAGAAAAGAAAAUUAUAAUAUGGAGGAAAAAUACUUAAAUGGAAAAAGAAAUGAUAAUAUUAAUACUAUUAAUAAUAAUAGUGAUGUUCAUAAUAAUAAUUUGAAUAAUAAUUCUAAUAGUAAUUUAAAUAAGAAUAUUAUUAACAACAAUACUAAUAAUCGUAUAUAUAAUCAUAAAAAAUUAAAUUUUUCUGAGAAAAAAAAGAUAGAAAAAGAGUCUUAUGAUAAUAUUGUUGAAAAAAGUUUUCAGAACGAAUAUUCAUUGGGAUAUGAAUUAAAUAAAAAUGAUAUUUUAAUGCACAAUUAUAAAGCAGAGGGGAAAGAAAAUUCCUAUUUAUCUUCUACAUCUAUGGAAAGUGAAAAUGGAUAUAAUAAUUCUUCGUCAUUUUAUAAGAAGAAAAACAAAAGGAAUAAGGAAGUAAACAUAGAAAAUGAUAAGAAGCAAAAAAAAAAUUUUAAAAAAAAUAUAAAUAAAAUUAAAGAUAAUUUUAAUAAAGAGGAUAUUGGUUUAAAUGAAAUUAAUGAAGGAAACCAUAACGAUGUUAAAGGUGAUAAGACAAUUAAAAAUAGUGAUAAUAAGCAUGAUUCAAAUAACAGUGGUAAUAAUGAUAGAAUAAAUUAUAAUAAAAGUGAAAAGAAUAGAGAUUAUAUCAAUGAUAAAAAUAUUACAAGCUUUGGUCAAAAUGAUAAUGAAUUACAAAAAGAAAAUGGAAAUGAUUCAUUAGAUUCAUACAUUUCUACAACACCAAUAUGUAUAAUGCCAUUAGGUACAGGUAAUGAUUUGAGCAUAAGUUUGGGUUGGGGGAAUGAAUACAAUAGUGAUUUGUUUUUUUAUUUAAAUAAAAUAAAAUAUAGUAAGAAUGAAUUAGUUGAUGUAUGGAAUAUGAAAGGAUAUGAUUUAAAUAAUAAUUUGAUUUUAAAUAAUAGUUUCAUUAAUUAUUUUGAUAUAGGGAUUAUUGCAAGAUUAGCAUUACACUUUGAUAACAUAAGAAAAAAAUUUCCCCAUUUUUUUAACAGCAGAAUAGGAAACAAAAUUUUAUAUGGUGAAGUAGGGCUUCGAGAUUUUUGUUUUAAUACAUAUAAAUAUAAACUAAAUAAAAAUAUAAAAAUUUAUUGUGAUGGUAAAAAGGUUAAUAUAGAUGAAAAUUUAGAAAGUGUAUGCAUAAUAAAUAUACCAUAUUUUUUGGGAGGAAUAAAAAUAUGGAAAGAUGAUGAACUAGAAAAAAAUUAUUAUUCAGAUAUUGAAAGAGAAAAAAAAAAAAAAAAAUUAUUUAAAAAAGGUGAUAAAUCAUCAACAGAUUACUUUAAUGACAGCAGCGAUAGUUAUUCAAGUAGUGAUUUAUUUCGAGGAUAUGAUGAAAUUUAUAAUAAAUUAAAUACUAAUAAAAUUCAUACAAAAAUGAAAAAGAAUAUGCAAAAAAAGUAUACAUGUAAAUAUAGUGAUGAAGAUGUAUGCUCUGAAUUGAAAAAAAGUGAAAUUAUUAAUAAAGAUAAAAAGAAAUUUAAAAAUAACAAAAAUGAUAACAUUUCUGAUUACGGUAACAUAUAUAAAUCUUAUAGACUAGAUUUUUAUAAACAAAAAAAAGUGCACCAAAAAUACCGUAAACAGAAAAUUAAUGAUAAAAUUAUUGAAGUUAUUGGUUUUAGAAAUAUUUUCCAUUUAUUUCAAGUGCAAAUAGGGAUAUCUAAAGCAAUAAAAUUAUGUCAAGGUAGUGAAAUUAUAGUUAAAAUAAAUAGAAAGUUUAUCCAAAAUAGAAAUAAAAUAUACUUUCAGUAUGAUGGAGAACCUGGAUUUCUGAAUAUACAUAAAUUACAUUUUACUCAUAAAUGCCAAUGUUUGUUUUUGUCACCAAAGGCUAUUAUUUAA